AUGUCCCCGCUGGAGCUGACACUGGAGAAGCUGAUGCAAGAUGGCGUUCCCCGCGGCCCUGCAGAGCUUCUGGCCAAGAAGAUGCGACUGCUGAACGAGCCCCAGGCAUCCAUCAAGGCCGCCCUGAUGAGCGGGCUGAAGUAUCGUGAUCCAUCUCGCUUGCUUCGAACGAUUGGGGCGGAUUGGGAUUACGUGGGCAUUGAAGACUUGCAGAAGCAGCUCCGGAAACCGCUUACGGAGCUUUGCCAGAACAAGGGCCUCGGCGAAGAUAAGAUGUUGCACCCGCUCUUCUUGGUCGUGGCUGCCCCAGGCCAGGGAAAAAGUCGCUUCUUGCAAGAGUUUCAUCGGCUUGCAGAAGAUACUGGCUUAAUUGGCAGCUCUUCUUAUGGCCAGCGAUUUCUCCAAUUUUUGCUCACUUUGGAAAAUGGCCAGAAAGUAGAUGCUGCACACGAUAUUUUGCCACAGACGAUUUUGGCAUCGCGGAUGCUUUGGCAAUUGCUCGCGAAGGCAGACUUUACACGAUUCGGAUGGGCUGGCUUGCCUCCAAACUUUACGUUUGAUCAGCUUCGUGCAGCUGUUGCAACUGAAGGCAUCCUUGUUGACGACGUCAUUCAGGCACUGGAGAAGGGCGAAGGGUUAAGUGGAGCCAAGUGGAGUUUGAGUCUGGCACUGGAUGGGCUGCACAACUUGCCUGGCUCGGAAGACAUGUCAAGCAAGAGCACAAUUUUCUACCAGACCAUGCAAGCUGUAUGCCAACAAGUGAAUCGGGAUAUGGGCCGUUUAGUGGUGGGAGUAAUUUCUGCCACUACGCGAGUAGGCGUUGAAUCAUCUUUAGCCGACAGCCCUCAGCAGCGCGCAUUUAUUCACUUGCCUAGGGUAGAAAUUGUGCAGCGGCUCGGCAAAGAUGUUUUUUAA